AUGAUAGUAUCGAAGAAAUCGAUUUCUUGUGGAAUAAAAUAUAAUAAGCAAAAUGCAUGCAAUACUACUUUUACAAGAAAUAGGAAUCAAAGAAUUUUGGUACAAACAGAAGAAUUAUCACCAACACAAGUAGAUGUACUUAGGCAAACAUUAAUAAAUGAUUUAUCAGGUGGUAGUUCCAUAAGAAGACAAAAAGAGUUGUUAAGUAAUAAACUAUAUGAUGACCCUAUAACAAAGAAAUUGAUGAAAAGGGGAAUAUUAAAAUCUAAAAUUACAGAAAAGAAGGAAAUGCAAAUUGAAAAAAAACAAAAGGAAGAAAAACAGGACGUUGUAAAAUAUGAAGAAAUUGAUGUUCAAGUGGAUGAAGAUGAAGAAAUUGAACAUGAAAUAGUAGAAAAUGAGUUGGAUGAUAAUGUAGAAGUAGAAUAUGAAGUAGUUGAAGUUGAGGUAGUUGACGAUGAAGAUGUAGAAUAUUCAGAAGUUGAACUACAUGAGGAUAAAGAAGGAAAAAUAGAAGAAAUAAAAGAAAAUAAACAACUAAAAAUUGAAUUCAUAGAAAAGAAACCAUUAGAAAUUAAAGAAACUCAAAAUAUUCAUUCAAGAGACGAAAGUAAACCAUAUGAUACUUUAGAAAGAUAUGUAACAGAGGCACAAAAUAAUUUUAAAAGGGGAGAAACAAUAAUACAUGAUGCUUUUAAAAAAGAUGGAAUAAAAUCUCAAAAUACCUUAAAAAGGAAAGAAAUGAUAAUACAAAUUACACUUAAAGAAGAUGUCAUAAAAGAACAUGAUAAUUUAAGAACAGAUAAAAUAAUAAUGCAAGAAGAUCUUAAAAAUGAUGAAAUAAAAUCUCAAAAAAUAUUAAAAAGGGAAGAAAUAAUAAUACAAAUUACACUUAAAGAAGAUGUCACAAAAGAACAAGAUAAUAUAAAAAGGGAAAAAAUAAUUAUAGAAGAUGCUUUUAAAGAAGAUGAAAUAAAAUCACAAGAUACUUUAAAAGGGGAUGAAAUAAUUAUACAAGAUAAUUUAGGGCUAGAUAAAAUAAUAGUACAAGAUAGUUUUAACGAAGAAGAAAUAAAAUCUCACGACACUUUAAAAAUAGAAGAAAUAAAAGAAAAUGUUAUAUUAAAAGAAAAGGAAGUAACAAAAAUAGAUUCUUUAAAAAUAGAGGAAAUAAAAUCAAUAGAUCUGUUAAAGGAUGAAGUAAAACCAACAAAUAUACUAAGGAAAGAAGAAGAAAAACGGGAAGAUCCGUUAAAAAAAGAGGAAAUGGAAACAACAGAUACUUUAAAGGAUGAAGAAUCGAAAAUGAAAGAUCCGUUAAAAGAAGAUGCAGAAGAAGAGGAUAUUUUAAAUCAAAUUAGAUAA